GCACAUCGGCAUCCUCCGAUCCUCCUCACAAGAAGGAUGUGACUGAUUUCUACCGCCACGGUAUUUUUAAUGGCUUCGUACAGCAAUAAUUACAUCGGACAAUAACAUGAUGGAAGCACGUCAAGAUAUGGACGACCUUGACGUCAUUAUCAGAAAUGGGCGAAUUGUCACGGCAGCUGAGAUCCUCCCUGCAGGCGUUGAGAUAGGUGUCAAAGAUGGCAAAAUACGAUGCCUCAGUAAACAUCUUCAAGCGGGACCUGAAACCCAAGUUGUUGACGCCGAAGGGGCGUACAUAACCCCGGGCGGUGUUGACUCGCAUGUUCAUAUCCAACAAGACAACUCUCCAACAGGAGAUACGUGGGAAACUGGCAGCCGUUCUGCCAUUGCCGGCGGAAACACCACCGUCAUCGCUUUCGCGACCCAAAAUCGGCAGGAAGCGAGCAUCUGGCCGGCUCUGCAUGCUUACCAUGAGAAAGCCACGGGCAACUCGUACUGCGACUAUGGUUUUCAUGUCAUCCUCACCAACCCAACGGAGUCGGUCUUGCAAGAAGAGCUCCCCCAACUCGUCAGUAAAGAAGGGAUUUCGAGCGUCAAGAUUUACAUGACAUAUGAACCCAUGAAACUAGGAGACGGAGACAUCUUCGAGAUCAUGAUGCGGGCUCGCAGUCUGGGUAUCACCACCAUGAUCCACGCCGAAAACAACGACAUGAUCCAAGCCAUCACCAAACGUCUCGCCAAGCACAACAACACCGACAGCUUCUUCCACUCCAUAGCCCGCCCCCAAAUCGCCGAAUCCGAAGCCACCUACCGCGCCAUCAGCCUAGCCGAAGUGACAAACACCCCCAUCCUCCUCGUGCACAUGUCCUCUCCUGUCGCCGUGCAACACGUCAGCUCGGCUCAGCAGCGCCUCCUCCCCAUCCAUGCAGAAACCUGCCCCCACUAUCUCUACCUCCUGAGCCACCGCCUGCGUUCCGGGCCCGACGACUUCGAAGGCGCGAAGAGUAUCUGCGCCCCUCCCCUACGACACAGCCCGAAGGAUCUCGAGCAGAUCUGGAUGGGGCUCGCAAAUGGAACGUUCACCGUUGUUUCGUCGGACCAUGCGCCUGCGAUGCAUGAUCAUGCGUGUGGGAAGAUGAAGGGGAUGACGACGGAUGAGAACGGGAAGGUCUGUAAGGACUUCCGCAAUGUGCCAAACGGGCUUCCGGGGAUGGAAACCCGGCUUCCGCUGUUGUUCGACCGGACGUUUGACCCGGGGCGCCCGAGUGGUGGGUUCGAGGAUGAUCGGAUCCGGAUCUCGCUCCCCAGGUUCGUGGAGCUGACGUCGACGAAUCCGGCGAAGUUGUAUGGACUUGGGGGCAGGAAGGGGAGUUUGCUGCCGGGGUUCGACGCGGAUAUCGUGAUUUGGUACCCUGAAGAUGGACCGCUGGUUUCGCGAUCAGAGGCGGAUGGGCCGGUGAGCGGGAGUCAGGAGGAUGCGGGCAAGAGGAAGGGGAAGAUCACAAUUACUAACAGUAUGCUCCACCAUCGGAUUGACUACACGCCUUUUGAGGGAAUCGAGGUGCGCAAUUGGCCGCGUUGGGUAUUUCUCAGGGGCAAGUUGGUAUGGGACCGGGGUAAUGGUGGUGUGGCAGGGUGUAAAGGCGAUGGAAUGUUUUUGAAGAGAGGCAAGUCAACUCUGCUGACUGGCCAGAUGGGAAGGGGCGCCAACGGGAUGAUGAAGGACGAAUCAUCGUAUUGGAAUUAGUGGUAUUGA